GGAAACUGAAUGCUGAAAGAAAGUUAAAAUAACUGAGGCACCACUAAGUCAAGGGAGGCUGAUUGCAGAAGAGGGUAAACAAUUACUGAGACGCUAGAAGACCACUGCUGGAUGUAAGGGGAGGAAAUGGCUUUGAUCUCCGCCUGGCCCCUUGUUUCUCCUGUAUUAUUCUUUUUGAGAUGCUUCUCCUCCAGCACAGCCUCGAGUGAGGGAGGCGUCUUUCUGUUUGACAUUGAAGGUAGCUCAGCGGUCAGCGCGCAAGAAGCCACUGUUAUCAGAGGGCAGCAGCAGGCAGUAGCUACUGGAAUUUGGGUGCCUUUUGCUGAGGGAUGCCAAGAAGGAUUUUAUCGUGCCAGCUCAGGAAAAUGCUCUCCUUGCAACUGUAAUGGUAAUGCAAACAGAUGCCUAGAUGGAUCUGGAAUCUGUGUGGGCUGCCAGAGAAACACAACAGGAGAGCACUGUGAGCAGUGUCCAGAUGGCUUCAUUGGCGAUGUUGUCGGAGGAGUGCCCACGUUCUGCCAGCCCUGCCCCUGCCCCCUGCCAGCACUCGCCAACUUUGCAGUGUCCUGUUACAGAAAAAGUGGAAGCGUGCGCUGUGUCUGUAAGGAAAACUAUGCAGGACCCAACUGUGAAAGGUGUGCCCCUGGUUAUUUUGGGAACCCUUUGCUCAUUGGAAGCACUUGUAAAAAAUGUGACUGCAGUGGCAACUCAGACCCAAACCUGAUUUUUGAAGACUGUGAUGAAGUGACUGGCCAGUGCCGCAACUGCCUGCGCAACACCACCGGGUUCAAGUGUGAGCAAUGCGCUCCAGGUUACUACGGGGAUGCCAGAUUCACUAAGAACUGCACAGAAUGUAACUGUGGAGGGAGAAUGUGUGACAGCCAGACUGGAGAAUGCCUUGCAGACAGUCCUGAAGUUUCUACUGGCACAGACUGCCCAACCAUCAGCUGUGAUAAAUGUAUUUGGGAUUUGACAGAUGACAUCCGAUUAGCAGUUCUGGCUAUCGAUGAAAGCAAAUCAACUUUACUGAGCAUUUCUACAGGUUUUGCAGCUCAAAAGCGCUUGAAUGACCUGAACCUCACUGCCACACAUCUCCAGGCAGCAAUGUCCCAAAAAAAGAACCAUGCUAUGCUUUGGACAGUCCAGGUUGAUGAUGCUGCAGAUGAAAUGAACGAUCUCCUGAGAGAGGCAGCAACACUUGAUGAACAGGGAAAUGAAGCAUCCAGCAAAGGCCUACUGGUACAGAAGGAAACCAUGGAGACCAACAACCGUGCUACUCAGCUUGUGCAGCAACUCAGUAAUAUGAGGGAUAACAUUCAAGAAAUCAGCAGCAAGAUGAAAUACUAUGCAAUUCAACAGGAGUUGAGCCCUGAAGAAAUCACCCAGAAGCUGAGUGUGGCUGAGGAGAUGCUGAAGGAGAUCAAACGCCAUAAGCCUUUCACUAAUCAGAGGCAAUAUGCAGAUGAGGAGGAAAAUGCAGCGGAGGAGCUGCUACAGCAAGUUGAAGAGUUUCAUGAGAGGUACAAUGACACCAAAUCUCUGGUAUCUGAUGUGUUGGAGCAGCUCAGCGAGAAGGAUGUGAAGCUGUCAGACCUGGAGGAGGCAUUAGACCAAGCUCUUGUCUAUGUUAUACAAACAGAGGAUAUAAAUAAGGAAAACACAGACAGUCUCCAAAAGCGUGAG